AUGGUUGUUGACCAAGAUAUAAGCAAGUCGUUAGAUUUGAAUAAUUUGUUGUUUGGACAAUCUAUUUUGUCUGACAAUAAUGUUAAUCCCAAUGACAAUGGUAAAAAAGGCAUAGGAGAAAUAAAUUUGGGAGAUUCAUUCUUGCUUAGUUCUCCUAAUAUAACAAAUAGUCGUUCAAGUGGUGAGGUAAAUGAAGGAAUACCUUCCGAUACAAACCCUGGAUUUCCAGUAAUGGAGAUAUCACAAUUAGAAAAUUGCAUAAGAGACAAAGACGUGAAAUUCUUCGAUGGAUCUUCAAUAGCGCUUAAAAAGAAGACUAAAUCAAAUAAUAAGAUAGACUUAGCAUCAUUAGGCAUGAAGGAAACAGACAGCAUAGUAAAUAUGGAUGAACUUUUCAAGAAAAUUAAUAUAAAGAAAUCAUUGAAGCAUAAUCAUGAAAAAUCGAAGUCAACUUCCAACAAACGUAGACAACUGCAACAAUGUCAAGUUUGGACCGAAAAAUAUAGACCAUCUAAUUUUGUACAAUUAUGCUCAGCAGGAAAUGAUAAGCAAUAUCGUUUAAUUCUUCACUGGUUGAAAAAGUGGUCGCAUGUUGUAUUUGGUGAAGCAGCCUCUAUGAAUGAUAAUGUUGAUUCGUUGGGUCGUCCUCAUAGAAAAUUUUUAUUAGUUAAUGGACCUCUGGGUAUUGGAAAAACAAGUGCAGCCCAUAUUUUAGCCCGUCAAUUAGGCUAUAAUGUACAAGAGCUCAAUGCAGCUAAUAGUAUGGAUACUUUACCGCAGUCUACAGGGUCUACAGGGACAACUUAUAGUAAUGCGACUGUAGCUUUGAAGUUAAAAAUUAUGAAUGCAUUAACUACAAAUUCAUUGACCUCGAAUGGUAAGCCAACAUGUCUUGUUAUUGAUGAAAUAGAUUCCAGUAUUAAUUCUCAUGAAAUAGUUAAGGUGCUUAACGAAUUGGCGUAUUCGGAUCAAAGAGCUAAUUACAGAAGUUUCAGAAGUGAAGCCAACAAAUUCACCUCUAGUUCGGAUAGUAAGUCAAAUAAAAAGAAGAAGGAUUUUAUCCUAAACAGACCUAUUAUUUGUAUUGCUAACGAUAUAUACUCUACUGGUAACUCCUUUCGUAAUGCAGGAGGAUCUCCAAUGGAUAAGCUAAGGCCUUUGUGUGAUAUAGUUACUAUGAGGAAACCAUCUUCGACGAAGACAGUAUCUGGAUUCAAGCGUGGUGGAAACGCCUCAAGGUCAGUUAAGGAACAUUUGAUGUGGAUUAACGAACGGGAAAACCUAGGAAUGGAUUAUCAACAAUUGGGUGAAGUCGUCGAAGUAUGUGAAGGAGAUAUCCGAGCCUGUAUUAAUUACUUACAAUUCAAUGGCCGGAAAGUCGAUUUACCAAAUAUGCCUAGUGCUUCACAAGAUAUUAGUAGAUACAAUAAAGACUCGCAAAUUUCUUGGUUUGUAAUGGUUGAUUUAUUAUUUAAACGAGAUCCACAAUUGUCGAAAGAUGAAAAUUUUAUGGCGUUGAUGGAUAUUGUGAUGAAUGGUGAGGGUAAAUCGACGUCUAGUAAUCAUGGAAGUCUUGAUAAGGUGAUUCGUGGUUGCUUCAAUAGGUAUUUGGAUAUUGUUCACGUUCAAGAUGAUACCCUAAAUAAGCCAUCUGAAUUAAGUGAUUGGUUAAGUUUCUAUGACUUGAUGGGCAACAGCAAUGAGAUAGACUAUUAUUCUAGCUUGGUAAGUAUGAAGAUUUGGUCAUUGUUUGGCGAAUUGAAUCCUAACAAAUUUUCAAAUGAAAAUAGUCUUCUUCCUAAUAGCAGAAACCUCGAGUUUGAAUCGUUUGAGUUGAUGAAACAAAAUAAAUCAAUAAUAAAGAGAGUCAUGAACAAAUUGCCCAUUUCACUAAAACAGAGUGUGGGAGGAGGAGGAGAAAUCAACUAUACAUUAGCGUGCUAUUUCUUACCGUACCUAAAUAAGAUUUUGACACCAGAUACAUCAGAGAAUAAAUUAAAGACGAAUUUGAAAAAUUUCGAAAAGAAGUUAGUAGAAAAGGCUGCAAAAUUGAUUAAAGACAUUGAUUUACAUUUGGAAAAGCAUCGUGAUUUUGAUACUGGCCAGGAAUCUUUACAGAUAUCACCUAGCUGGGAUACCAUUACUAAUUUUGAAACAUAUUUUCUGCCUGUUUCAGCAAGUGCCCUAACGAAGCAAAUUCAGCUUAAAAGACAAUGGCUCUUUCCUAUCAUUCAAGAGGAAAUGGAAAGAUUGGAUAUGCUUAAGAAGAGUCACAAACGGAGUUUGGAACCCUCUAAUUCGAAGGAUAAAGAUGAAAAAGAUAACAAAAAGAAAAAGAGUAGACUCAAUAGCCUUGAAUUCUUUAAAGGUAGAUAUGACGUCGUUGCAAGCCAGAUCAAUGAAUCAGAUUCAAAUCAUGAAUUAACAAGGAUAUGGGUCAAGUAUAAUGAAGGAUUUUCAAACGCUGUUAGAAAGAAUAUUGGAUGGAAUGAUAUAUGGAUAUAG